AUGGCGGCCGCUCAGGCAAAAGAUCCUCUGGAUGUCCUCCAAGCCAUGUUCCGAGAAGCGUUAGUCCAGACUGGUAAGGCCAUCAAGGCAUCGCAGAAGGACGGGACUAGAAAUGGGGCCAGCGCCGGUGUCGCAUUGCGCACCAAAAUGCCCGAGACCAUGAAGACAUAUCACUAUGCUCUAGACGAUAUCGAGAGCGAAAUCACCAGGGCCAAGGCAGUUCUCCUGCGAGAUCUGCAAAAGCUUCAAGCAGCCAGGGCUCCCGUUGUCGUCCCAUCACCUGUUGCUCCGCCCGCUCCCAUGGUGCCGGAGCCUCAACAGCCGGCGGCGUUAAUGAUGGACAUGCCAUCGGCAGCUGCCCAUACUGUCAACACUAAUAUCAACUUCCAGCCUACCCGGGAGGAGACCAAGAGGGCACCAUUCCCCGACAUGGGCAUGGGUCUUUCAUCAGACGUGCCAGAUCUGUCGUCAGAUAUGAAACCACCUACAGCUUCACCACGCCCUGCUUCUGCUUCUGGAAAGACGGGUGUAGUAAAGCAAGGGACGCCUCCGAUCAAGCAAUCCCCAAAACUCACACAAAUGAACAAGAUCACCCCUGUGCCGCCGCCGCAAGUGCCUCAACCAUCGGCGAUGGGACCAGCAACACAAAAAGCAGUGGUCUCCCCACCUCAGCCUGCUGCUGCUCAAGUUGCUCAAGAUAGUUCCCUUGACGCCAUGCUCGCUCUGCCCCCCACAGGCGGUGCUGCCACUGCCGACAUGACCGGCGGUGAGCUCAAUUUCACCAACAUGGAGUUUACUCUAGCACCUCCGUCCGACGGCCAAUCUCAAAACGCGCCACCCGCUCCAAUGCAAGAGUUUGACAUGUCUGCAUUCACAACACAGGAUAUGGGAGGAGACCAGACGGCUAUGGAUAAGAACAAUAAUACCAACAACAAUUCGUCUAGUGCUGCUCCAGCCAAUGCUGUGGGCACAACAUCUGCGAAGGCUGCCGAAGUUACAGCUCAGACAGGAAGUCAAGACUCAAUGUAUGAUUUGAGUAAUAUCGACAAUGGUAAUGGCGAUCAGAUGGACCUGGACUUGAGUUUAGGCGGAGGUGGAGAGGUUCACGAUAGCACUUUCAACGAUCUGUUCUUUGAAGACGCUGAUGGAGGCAUGGGACAAUUCGAUGAUGCCUUUUUUGGGCUCGAGUAG